CCCCUUGUAGUGUUGUAACAAACUUCCUGUAUGUGAAAUUACGUCAUUCUUGCGUCAACGGCAUGAAAUGUACGGGCCCGUAUACAUACACAGAAGUGACAGAAGUCAGAAAUGUCUAAGUUAAGUCAAAUCGAUAGAAAACGUAUGGAGCUCAUGGAUAAAUAGUACAUAUAAAUAAAUUCUGAUAAAAAGUGAGAAAGUAUUUUGAAUAAACUCGUGCACGAAGAAUAAAUCGUGUUCAGAAAGUCGGGGUACUCAAGAUUGACUACCUUGUGUUCCUGCAUCUUAGGUAUCACACAUUUUCUGAAGCAUGACCGAUGCUCAAGAAAGUAUAUGCUAUGAAAAAGCUUUAGAGUACUGGUCCGAAAUUCCAGCUACAGUUGAUGGCGUACUCGGAGGUUUUGGCUUUAUUUCGGAUGUAGACAUUCAAGGAUCUAGAUUGUUUUUACAGUCUAUUCUCUCGACCGAAAAUCGACCAUCUACUAAUUUAGCUCUCGACUGUGGAGCCGGCAUUGGAAGAAUAUCUAAGUAUUUACUAAUACCUCAUUUCAGCUUGGUCGAUGUGGUUGAACCAGAUGAAAAAUUCAUAAACACUAUUAGAGAAUAUGUUGGAAGUAAUGCAGACAAAUUAGGAAAUUUAUAUAAAGUGAGUUUACAAGAAUUUAGACCAGAAAAAAAAUAUGACCUAAUUUGGAACCAGUGGGUUUUAGGAUAUUUAAAAGAUGAAGAUUUGCUUUCAUAUUUAACAUAUUGCAGGGAUGCCCUGUCAGAAAAUGGAGUUAUUAUUGUUAAAGAAAAUGUGACGUCUUCAGGGAAAACAGAAAAAGAUGAUGCUGAUUCAUCAGUUACAAGACCAUUGAAGGAAUAUAUAAAAAUCUUUGGCAAAGCUAAAUUGAAAAGGAUAAAACAGUGUAAACAAACAAAUUUUCCAAAUGGUAUAUAUCCGGUAUACAUGUUUGCUCUUAUACCUAACUUAAUAUCAGAAGCAGAUCUUAAUAAUGAUCUUAAGUUAUGAUACAUCUAGUUAUAUUAGCAUCUGUUGUGUGAUAUUUACAAAUGUAAUGGAUUUUGAUAAAUAUAACUGAAAACAUCUUA